AUGAGUAAAAUACGAGGCANUGAUGAAUCAUCCGCUAGUGAGAAGGGAAAAUCUCCAAGGAGAGAGUCGUCGUCGCUUUCUUUUGGCAGUAGUAAUUCAGAGUUGGGAAAAAUCCUAUUGGAACCAUCAAGAUUGCUUGAUAUUCUCACCAAGAAAACUUCUUACCAAGGGAAUUUCAUUUCAAUUCCAGAAAUUCAAGUCCGAAAUCGAGCUUUGCAACAAUGUGGACUAAGUGACGAGGAGUACUUAGUUGUUUUUACAGUUACACUAAAAAAAGCAAUGAUGAUGAUUGGAGAAUGUUACCCUUUCUUCAGGGGAAAUUACUACAUGACAAUACUUGGUGAAGAUUAUGAUUGUAUAAGGGAAUUUGUUAGUUUUAAAGAUUCAAAAGUGAUUGCAGCACCAGAAACAUGGCUGGAUUUGAGGAUUAAAGGAUCACAACUUAGCCAAUAUUUUAGGAGGAAAUGUAAGCAUAGUCCAAAAGGGCUUUUUGCAUAUCCUGCUUACAUCGAAGAAACACGUUACUCGAUGCAUUGGAUAUCAGAAGCUCAUAGAAAUUCAUGGCAUGUUCUGUUAGAUGCUUCUGGUUUGGAUGCAGGAAAAGAAAGGAGGUUGGCUUUAGCAUUACAUCGACCGGAUUUCGUGUUGUGUACAGUUGAUAAUACACAUGCUCAGCCCUCGAGAAUCACAUGCCUUCUUGUAAGGAAACAAUCCUUUGAAACAGCAGCUUCUUCAGCUAAUUAACUGAAGAAAUUAAGUUGAAGCGACAGAGAGACAAUGGAUAAUUCUCUCUGUAUACUUCUCUUCUAAAGAGAUGAACAGUUUCUGUGUACUGGCCGUUUUUAUUUGUUUUGACCUUUUGCUGCUUUGAAUUUAAUUAUGCAUAUCCUGAGAUUUAACAUGUGAUA